UCUUACGCAGCAAGCAGCGGCUUCAAGCGCGAGAAGUAGCAGCACUGAGCGUACUUUACAUCUUUCUUGUUAGCUAGCCUUAUUGUAAGUGAGUACCACCCUGAUAAUAUGGCUUAUUAUAUUUCAGGGACAGGGAGGAUAUUGGUAGUCAGCCAGAGAAAUGAUGGUGUAUGCCGUUGCUCGUAUGUCUCGGCGUCAUCAUCAAGAAAGUGCAACUCCGUCUACAUCUACGUGCUUCAUAUGCAUCCACUUUCGCAUUAUAUCGGCUCCAGGUAUUGCAGCAGCAGCCAAGUCUCUCUUGCUCGGCGACACGUUAUCUACAGCAAACAAGCGCGAGCAGCGAGCCUUUCGCAAGUGGGACGAAUCUGGAUCAGUGAACCCAGGCAAGUCAAUUCUAUCGAAGGAUGAGACUACCGAUUAUGCGAAUGCGCCUCAGCGGAGUCGCGUUGUGGUCAGAACUGAAGGAGAAAGGCUUCGCGCUGCCAGGCUCCGAAACAAGGUUUCUGCUCGCAUUGAGGAAAAGUUCGUGCCUACAACGUGCACGGUAUCUGGAGCGAAUUUGGGCGAAUACGUACUAGGCAAAGUAAGGCCAAUGGAUCAAAUGCUCUACUACGUCAUGAAGAUGGGUGGCGUGGACUUCUGUGGUUCUGGCGAAGCAGGAAGUCGCGCGCUGUAUUUCAGGAAGAACAAAGGUGACACCCUUGAAAGAACUACCAUCAACGAAGAAUUUACUUGUGCGUGGGUAUGUAUGUGGGCACAGCGUGCGCAUUUUCUCAUUACAGUUGGCAAGAAGCCUGUUGCGGAAAAGAACAGAGACA